AUGGAUGUCAAGGACCUAGCACCAGGGCUGGACCAACUGGGUUCCAACCUCGAUGACCUCGAGGAAACCCUGCAGCCUCUCAUCGACAACUUGGCCGACAUGUCGACCGAACUACCCCUGCUGGAUAGGGCGAAGCUUAUGACCCUGACAGCUUACUCAAUAGAAUCGCUCCUUUUUUCUGCCAUGCGCCUACAAGGUGUCGAUGCGGUCAACCACGAAGUCAUGACCGAGCUCAAGCGAGUAAAGCAAUACUUUGCCAAAAUUCAGAAGGCCGAGGAGCCACCAUCGCAGCGCUCAACAACGGUGAACACAGAGGCCACCACGCGGAUUCUCAAAGCAGAUCUAUCCGACAAUAAGGAGCUGAAGCAAAAGCUCGAGGAAAAGCUGGCGGAAGAACGGGCCAAGGCUCUUUUGAAGUCCAUCCAAAAUAAACGCUCUGCGCCCGGCGAUUCACCAUCAACGAACUUGAGCUCACGUCCCAAAAACAAAAGCCGCAAGACCUGA